AUGGCUGUCGAAAGAUCUGGAAUUGCUAAUGAUGUUACUGAAUUGAUUGGAAAAACCCCAUUAGUGUAUCUAAAUAAACUUACCGAUGGUUGCGUUGCUCGAGUCGCUGCCAAGCUCGAAUUGAUGGAGCCGUGCUCUAGUGUUAAAGACAGGAUUGGUUAUAGUAUGAUUGCGGAUGCUGAAGAGAAGGGGCUUAUCACACCUGGACAGAGUGUCCUCAUUGAACCAACAAGUGGUAAUACUGGCAUUGGAUUAGCCUUCAUGGCAGCGGCCAAGGGUUACAAGCUCAUAAUUACCAUGCCUGCUUCAAUGAGUCUUGAAAGAAGGAUUAUUCUGUUAGCUUUUGGAGCUGAAUUGGUUUUGACAGACCCUGCAAAGGGAAUGAAAGGAGCUGUUCAGAAAGCUGAAGAGCUAUUGGCUAAGACACCUAAUGCUUACAUACUUCAGCAAUUUGAAAACCCUGCUAAUCCCAAGGUGCAUUAUGAAACCACUGGUCCAGAGAUAUGGAAAGGCACAGAUGGGAAAGUCGACGCAUUUGUUUCUGGGAUAGGUACUGGUGGAACCAUUACAGGUGCUGGGAAAUAUCUCAAGGAGCAAAAUUCCAAUAUAAAGCUGAUUGGCGUGGAACCAGUGGAGAGUCCAGUGCUCUCAGGGGGAAAGCCUGGUCCUCACAAGAUUCAAGGGAUUGGUGCUGGCUUUGUCCCUGGUGUCUUGGACACUGGUCUUAUUGAUGAAGUCAUUCAAGUAUCAAGUGAAGAAGCAAUUGAAACUGCAAAGCUUCUUGCACUUAAAGAAGGCCUAUUUGUGGGAAUAUCUUCUGGAGCUGCAGCCGCCGCUGCCAUUAAGAUUGCAAAAAGGCCAGAAAAUGCUGGAAAGCUUAUUGUUGUCAUUUUUCCAAGCUUUGGGGAGAGGUACCUAUCCUCUGUGCUAUUUGAGUCUGUGAGACGUCAAGCUGAAACCAUGAUCUUCGAGCCCUGA